AUGCUGUCGCCUCGCAUCGGACCCAACAGUCUUACAGAAAAGUUCGGUCCUUACCGGCCCCCAGUAUUUCCUCCUUCUCCUGAGGAAGAGAAUAGCUCUGGCGCGAAGAUCUCCUUUCCUGACAAGUCCAACCACGCAGCCUGUGCCCGCUUCAGGCUACGGCGGAAAGCGAGACCAGCCUCCCUAGGCCUGACACUUCGCACGCACGCUCUUUUACACUCUCACUCUGAGGAUUCACUACGCAUCGUCGCCCUCGAGCGUCAGGUUCGCGAUCUCCGUGCACGCAUCGUGCAGCUAGAUCACGACUUCAAACUGAAGCUCAGCACUCCUCCUCUAUCCCCUCCCCCACUUCCCGCUGAUGCAUCCGCUGCGGUCCCAAACAAGGCAUCCCUCUGUCUCACAAUACCUUCCUUUUCCGUCACCUCUCUUCGGUCUACGCCGAACGCUGUCACUACCGCAUUCGCUCGCACAUCCUGUUUCGCCGUCAAUUGCGCUCGCAAGGUCCCUUCAGCGGCUCGCCACCUUCCGCUCCCUUGGAUCUGUUGCGUGCUCUUCGCAUGGUUGGCUUUGAUAGGAUGGUGGAAGGCACUUUCCGAGCAUUCAGGAGACGUCCCGUCUGUGCUCAGGGUUGACAGAGAUAUGGAAGAGACUUUAGGUGUUGAAGGACUGUCGAGUUUUGUACACAGCCUUGGAUUUGACCCGAAUCCCGUGUAUCUGCCCCUUGAUAGAGAUGAGUACCUGGUUGAUAUUGCGGCCGCCGCCCGAGACUUGUAG